GCGCGGCCGGGGGACUGUUCCCUGCGGUCUCGGGGCUGCCCGCCGAGUCCCUGCGUGUCCGCUGCCCCGCGCCCGGCGGCGUCCGCGCCUCAGCAGUGCAACGACCCGCGGCCGGACCGGGGAUGCGCACCCCGCCGGCUCCCGCGAGCCAGGGCAGUGAGGUCGCAGGCCCUACGUAUGCUGAUGGCGAGCUCAUCCCCAGGGAGCCCGGCUUCUUUCCCGAGGACGAGGAGGAGGCUAUGACGCUGGCCCCGCCCGAGGGCCCCCAGGAAUCAGACAUAGACAGCCCCAUGGAGAGCACCCAGAGCCUGGAGGGAUCUGUCGGGAGUCCUGCCGAAGAGAAGGACCGGGGCCUCGGGGGCCUGUUUCUGCCAGAGGACAAGUCCCUGGUGCACACGCCCUCCAUGACGACGUCAGACCUGUCCACACACUCCACUGCCUCGCUCAUCAGCAACGAGGAGCAGUUUGAGGACUACGGGGAGGGGGACGACGUGGACUGUGCUCCCAGCAGCCCCUGCCCUGAUGAUGAGACCAGGACCAACGUCUACUCGGACCUGGGGUCCUCGGUGUCUUCCAGUGCGGGUCAGACGCCCAGGAAAAUGCGGCACACGUACAACAGCGAAUUGCUGGAUGUUUACUGCUCUCAGUGCUGCAAGAAAAUCAACCUGCUGAACGACUUGGAAGCCCGGCUGAAAAACCUGAAGGCCAACAGCCCCAACCGGAAGAUCUCUAGCACGGCCUUCGGACGGCAGCUCAUGCACAACAGCAACUUCAGCAGCAGUAACGGCAGCACAGAAGACCUGUUCCGGGACAGCAUUGACUCCUGUGACAAUGACAUCACAGAGAAGGUGAGCUUCCUGGAAAAAAAGGUGACAGAGCUGGAGAAUGACAGCCUGACCAACGGGGACCUAAAGAGCAAGCUGAAGCAGGAGAACACGCAGCUGGUGCACAGGGUGCACGAGCUGGAGGAGAUGGUGAAGGAUCAGGAGACCACAGCCGAGCAGACGCUGGAGGAGGAGGCGCGGCGGCACCGUGAGGCCUACAGCAAGCUAGAGAGGGAGAAGACCACCGAGGUGGAGCUGCUCAACGCCAGGGUGCAGCAAUUGGAGGAAGAAAAUACAGAACUUAGGACGACAGUGACUCGGCUCAAGUCUCAAACAGAGAAACUGGACGAGGAGCGGCAGCGCAUGUCCGACCGGCUGGAGGACACCAGCCUGCGGCUCAAGGACGAGAUGGACCUGUACAAGCGCAUGAUGGACAAGCUGCGGCAGAACCGCCUCGAGUUCCAGAAGGAGCGGGAGGCGACACAGGAGCUCAUCGAGGACCUGCGGAAGGAGCUGGAGCACCUGCAGAUGUACAAGCUGGACUGCGAGCGGCCGGGCAGGGGCCGCAGCGCGUCUGGCCUGGGCGAGUUCAACGCCAGGGCCCGUGAGGUGGAGCUGGAGCACGAGGUCAAGCGGCUCAAGCAGGAGAAUCAUAAGCUGCGGGAUCAGAACGAUGACUUGAAUGGACAGAUCCUGAGCCUCAGCCUCUAUGAAGCAAAGAACCUCUUUGCCACCCAGACCAAAGCCCAGUCCCUGGCUGCAGAAAUAGACACAGCCUCACGCGACGAGCUAAUGGAAGCCCUGAAGGAGCAGGAGGAGAUCAACUUCCGGCUGAGGCAGUACAUGGACAAGAUUAUCCUCGCCAUCCUGGACCACAACCCCUCCAUCCUCGAGAUCAAACACUGAGACAUGGGCGCUGGCUGCAGAGCAGCCUCAGGACCCUGGGACCAAGGGGCAGACCCUGCCCGAGGAUGCAGGCCCAGGCCGGGCCUCACACUCACACUGUAAAUGUAUCUCUGGCCACCAUGCGUUGCGUGUCCUGGUGUAUUUGUGGGGAGGCCUUGUGCACGAGCCAGGGGUGAGCGUGGGGCUGUGGCUUUGGGUGACGUCUGCACAGUAGCUGUCCAUGCACUUUGUGGCCCCUUUGCAAGGGUCAGAGGGUUCUGGAAGCGGGAGGGGGCAAGGUCUGCUAUCAGGAGUUACUGUAAUAACAAGAACUGGAAGCUUGUGUUUCAGGUACUGGAUAAAAUGAUUCUACCUCUGGGGAUAAGGAUUAAAAUACACUCUAGUGAGCCGGGCUCUUUCACCCCAGCCCUAAUCCCCCUGGGAGUGGCAGCAAAAUUGUGAUCUUUUCCAGGAGUUGGAAUGCCCCACAGUUGUGUCCUCACCAACUCUUCAGCCACCUUACUGGCCCAGGUGUUCAAGCUCAGAGAGGAGGAAAGGGGGCAUCUGGGGUCGCGGUGAGGAGUGGCCCUCCCUGAGCUGCCCUGCCCCGGUCAGCAGCCCUCUGCGACUCGUGUGCACAGUGUCCAAGGGACUCAGGUUUGCAGAGGAGCUAGCACGGGGCAUCCUCGUUCUGGAGAGCUCUCCAUGCACUCCCCCAUCCCCGCUUACCCACCCCCCCUUUCUGUUUCUGUUUUGUUUUGAAGACAGUGAAAAAUAAGCAGCCUUCACUCGGGUGUAACACGAAGUGAUACAAAGGAAGGAGAAAAAGAGGGCUGUGGGACAGGCGUGUCUAAAGCAGGUGCUGACAUUGGGCAACCAAAGAGAUUUUGUGAGGAGGAGCCCAGCUCCCAUUCCGGUCAGCUCCUUCCCCACAGCUGCAUCUUCAGACAGAGGCACGGAUGGGCCGUCUCGCCUGGCCCACCGUCUCGGUUCUCCAUGCACCCUGGUGCGGGCCUUGGGUUUGGAUCUCAGAUCCAUUCCCUGGGCUCCUCUCAGGCAGCAGCAAGGCCCGAUCGUCACAGCCCCUAGAAACACACCUGUGUUUGGUUCUCAGCCAGGGGAGCCAGUGCCGUGCAGGCUGGGGGCCGGCUGGGAAAGUUGCAGGGAAACCUUAGUCUUCCAUCCUUCUGACGCAUGGUGAAUACACACUGUGGUUUUUAAUGGGAUCUUUUGUUCUAGACGGCUGGGAGUAGAUAUGGUACUUUCCUUAGAGUUUUCCAGUCUAUCUCAAUUUCAUAUGGCUUGUGAUUCAUUUCCUUAACCCAAACAUACGUAAACACGUAUGAUCU